AUGGCGGCUGCGGAGUCAGAGAAGGAAGUAGCUGAGCUGGAGCCUUUAGAAGGGAGAGACCUGGAAUUAGAAGCGGAGGAGGAGCAGGAGGAAUCCGAAGAGGCGGUGGGCAGCGCCAAGAAGCGGGUGGUGCCGGGCAUUGUGUACCUGGGCCACAUCCCGCCCCGCUUUCGGCCUCUGCACGUACGGAACCUUCUCAGCGCCUACGGCGAGGUGGGGCGAGUCUUCUUCCAGCCCGAGGGCGGGUUCGUGCGGCGCAAGAAGAAGGCAGCGGCGGCCUCGGCCUCGGGAGGGAAAAAGCGGUCCAAGUACAGCAAGGACUACACCGAGGGCUGGGUGGAGUUCCGGGACAAGCGAGUAGCCAAGCGUGUGGCCGCCAGUCUGCACAACACGCCCAUGGGUGCCCGCAGGCGCAGCCCCUUCCGUUAUGAUCUCUGGAACCUCAAGUACCUGCACCGUUUCACCUGGUCCCACCUCAGUGAGCACCUUGCUUUUGAGCGCCAGGUGCGCAGGCAGCGCCUAAGAGCCGAGGUGGCCCAGGCUAAGCGUGAGACUGACUUCUACCUUCGAAGUGUGGAGCGGGGGAAGCGCUUCCUUGCUGCUGAUGGGGACGCUACCCGCCCGAAUGGCUCCUGGACUUUUGCCCAGCGACCUACUGAGCAGGAGCUGAGGGCCCGGAAGGCGGCUCGUCCAGGGGGUCGUGAACGGGCUCAUCUGGCAAAUGCUCAGGACCAGGCCCGCUCUAACCGAGGGCUCCUCGCCAGGAUCUUUGGGGCCCCACCUCCCUCAGAGAGCAUGGGGGACCCCAUGGUGGUCAAGGACUCUUGA